UCAGGCCUAUAGCUGCCUGCACUAUGGUUCUUCUUUUGUGCCAUUGUACUAUAGCUGCAGGAGGAUCAACAAAUGGCAGGAGAAGCAGUUCUAGGAGCUUUUAUGCAGGUACUUUUUGACAAGAUAAUCACUACUGUUCUACAUGAGACGAGAUCACUUUGGGGUGCCCAUGGAGAACUACAAAAUAUGACAACCACACUCCCAACAAUCCAAGCCUUGCUUGAGGAUGCAGAGGAGAAGCAAUUAAAAGAUAAAUCAGUCAGAUACUGGUUGGCAAAGCUCAAGGAUGUGGCUUACGAUAUGGAUGAAUUGCUGGAUAAGUACACGGCAGAAGUCUUGCAGAGGAAGACGGAAAGAGAAGCUCAAAGUAUGCAGGUAUGUAGCUGCUUUGCUAAUAUUUGUUGGCAUGGUAUGUUACAGUUUAAGUUGCGACAUAGAAUUAGAGCAAUCCGAGAGAGGUUUGAUAAGAUUGCAAGGGAACGAGAGAGUCUCGGCCUCCAAAUAUUAGAUUGGACAGACCAACUUCAGGUAACAGAGCGACCACAGACUAGCUCGCUAGUAGAUGAUAUUAACGUAGUUGGAAGGGAAACAGAUAAAGAAAAAAUAAUAAAGAUUUUGCUGGCUGAUGCCGGCUCAACUCCCAAUGUUUCUGUUAUCCCUAUUGUUGGCAUGGGGGGGCUAGGAAAAACUACUCUUGCCCAGCUUGUUUACAAUGACCACAGGGUAAAAGAGCACUUUCAGUUGAGAAUAUGGGUGUGUGUUUCUGAGAUUUUUGAUGAGAUGAAGCUGACAAAAGAAACACUAGAGGCGACAACUAGUGGGUAUUCUUGCACCACCAGAAACUUAAACUUGCUCCAUGAAGAAUUAGUUGAAAAGUUCAAAGGAAAACGCUUCUUGCUCGUUCUAGAUGAUGUUUGGAAUGAGGACCCUAAUAAAUGGUAUACAUAUAGCAAUGCUCUCAGAUCUGGGAAUAGAGGGAGCAAAAUCAUAGUGACAACUCAAAAUGAAUCUGUUGGGAGGAUCAUGGGUGGCGUAUCUCCUUACAAAUUGAAACAACUAUCAGACAGUGAAUGCUGGACAUUGUUCAGAAAUUAUGCUUUUGUUAAUGGAAACUCCAGAAUUUACCCAAAUCUUGAGAAGAUAGGCAGGGAUAUAGUCCAGAAGUUGGAGGGGUUACCUCUUGGAGCGAAGACACUUGGGAGCCUCCUGUACUCCAAAACUAAUGAAGAAGACUGGAAGAACAUCCUGAAAAGUGAAAUUUGGGAGUUAACUCCAGGUAAAAACAACAUUUUACCAGCUCUAAGAUUGAGUUACAAGCACUUAACUCCACACUUGAAGCAGUGUUUUGCUUUCUGUUCGGUCUUUCAUAAAGAUUAUAUAUUUGAACGAAGCAUAUUGGUUAAGAUAUGGAUGGCACUCGGAUUCAUUCAGCCACAUGGAAGCAAACGACUGGAGGACAUAGGGAACAGUUACUUUGAUGAAUUAGUAACUAGAUCUUUCUUUCAGUCUCAUAAUGGAAACUAUGUGAUGCAUGAUGCUAUCCAUAAGCUUGCACAGUCUCUGUCCGUUGGAGAAUGCCACAAGAUGGAAGAGGAUUUGGGAAACAAUGACCCGAAAAAGCUUCAUCAUUUAUCAUUUUCAUGUGCUAAUUCAGUGCCAACUUCCUUUGUGGAGUUCUAUAAAUUCAAGAGACUACGUACACUUCUGUUACUUCAGGGAUACAAAUCCAAGACUGGACCUAUCCCAGAUGACCUCUUUACAGAACUCAGUUCUUUGCGGGUAUUGGUCUUGCAUCGUAGAGAUAUAAAUGAGUUGCCAAAUUCAGUUGGGAACUUGAUUCAGCUUCGGUACCUAGGCCUCUCCGGUACUGACAUCAAAACACUACCUCAGUCAAUUGGUAAACUCUAUAAUCUGCAAGUACUGAACUUAAAAAACUGCAAUUUACUGGUUAAAAUACCUGAUGGCAUUACCAGACUGAUCAAUUUGCGACAUCUUGAAGCAACUACAAAGUUGAUCACCAAAAUAACUGGAUUGGGGAACCUAACCUGCCUCCAAGAAUUAGAUAAAUUCACUGUUCGCAAGGCUAGAGGACACAAGAUAAAAGAGUUGAAAGAAAUGAACGAGCUUCGAGGAAAUCUACGAAUUAAAAAGCUUGAGAACGUGUUCAAUGGAAAACAGGCAAGUGAGGCUAACUUAUAUGCCAAAGAGUUCCUUCAUACUCUCAAACUUGAGUGGUCAGAUGAGAGAAAUGUCAACUGUGAAGGUGAAAAUCUCCACGAGGAAGUACUUGAAGCCCUUCAACCACACCAUGAUCUGAAGGAGCUUACAAUCAUGGGCUAUGCGGGUACCAAGUUUCCAAGUUGGCUAGGUCAUCCAUCAUUCUGCUACUUACAGACCAUUCACAUGUCCAAUUGCAGAAGAUGCAUAGUUCUUCCACCUCUUGGACAGUUGCCCCUGCUUAGAUAUCUGGAUAUCAGCGGAGUGCAUGGAUUGAUAAGAAUCAGUGAAGAGUUUUCAGGUAUCGCUGAUAUCCAAGGGUUUCCAUCAUUGGUUGAACUAUUACUUGAUGAUAUGCCUGAUCUUGUGGAAUGGAUUUGCUCAGAUUAUGUUUCGUUGUUCCCUUGCCUUACUGAAGUUGCAAUUGUGGAUUGUCCAAAGCUAAGAGAGCUGCCUAGUCUCCCUCGAACAAUAACAAGGCUCAAGAUUUCAGAUAUAGGGAUUAAUUUUCUUCCAGGAUUGCAGAAUUCGGACUCAUUGCACUUGCCGAGGCUCUCUGUCCUGCAAAUUAAUGAAUGUGUGAACCUGGCAUCAUUGCAGCAAGGCCUUCUUGAGCAGCAACUGAGGGCUCUCGAGCAGUUGACAAUCACUGGUUGCCAAGAGCUUGCCAAACUCCCUACAGAAGGUUUCAGAAGCCUUGUUUCACUAAAGAGCCUACACAUUUACAACUGCCCCAAACUUGGGACUCGGGAAGAUGAUAGAGCCCUGCUUCCCAGCUCACUUGAAGAUCUUAGGAUAAGUUCAUGCUCCAAACUGGUUAAAAAGCUACUUGAAGAGCUUAAGCACCUCUCAUAUCUUCAACAUCUGAGGAUCAAAGAUUGCCCUGACCUGUAUUAUUUUCCGGAGGAAGGACUUCCUAUCACACUUAAGUUUAUUGGGAUAUCUGAUUGCAUCAACCUCCAACUAUUGCCUGCCAGGAUUCAAGAACUCUCUUCACUGACAACUCUGACCAUAGUCAAUUGCCAACAAGUCCAGUACUUGCCAGAGGCAGGCCUACCCAUUGAACUGCAAGAAUUAUGCAUCAAAGAAUGUCCAUUGUUGAAAGAGCGUUGUCAAGAGAGAACCGGAGAAGACUGGCACAAGAUAGUUCACAUCCCCAGAAUAGAAAUUGAUGAGUUAAUUCUGAGGCGAUUAGGUUAACAGCAACCUGCUGCAUCAUUGCACAGCCUGCACAAAGAAAAAUGCCAUGAUGCACUAUGAUGAUACCAAGUCCAUUGCCAACAAUUACUUUUAUUUAAUCCUUCAAUCACUACAUCCAAUGAGAAAGUUGGUAUCAACCAUUGUUCCUGUCCAUACACAACAUUGUUCAAUGGACAGUAGUCAUUUAAUAUAACAUACUACUGUUCUGGUAUUGUUACAUGGUCACUUGAUCAUCUUGAUUACCACCUAGGUGGUGGGCAAGGCUCAAGGCACUCGAGUGAUGCCUGAUCGGGUCAUUAUAUGCCGAUACACAAUCAUUCAUAUUUUUGUAGGCCAAUGCACACAUUCAUGUAUGAAUGAAUUAUAUUAAA